GAGAAAGUAUUGUGGGGGCAAGGCACUAAGCCUCCCACAGCCAAUAAGAAGUUGACUGACCUCACAGUUUAGCUCCAUAGUGUCCAGAUCGUCCAGCUGUUUGAUCUGGGCACUGAAUGAACUCAACUUUUCAACUUCACCUCAGUCACUGGAAACAGAUGAAGUCUGAGGCUGAGGUGCCACUGGCAACUUCUGGACUGUCACAGUGGAUACAGACCCACAGAUCACUUCUGGAGUAUCUGUGAAAUAUAUGCUGUGAUUUUUUAUUUCAUACAUAUUCAGAGACACUCAGUCCCAUUCAGUGAUGUCUACAGUGUGUUAACGUGCCUCAGAGACUUCUACUUAUCUGCAGAGCUCAUCUGGCCUUGGUAAGGUCCUUGCAUUUGUAAAACCUGUUGAAUUUGAAGAGGAGUUUUUGUGAGCAAAAAUGCCUGCUGCCAUCGGUGGACCUCAAGGCUAUACCCCACCUGAAGGUGGCUGGGGAUGGAUGGUGGUGAUUGGGGCCUUCAUUUCUAUUGGCUUCUCUUACGCAUUUCCGAAGUCCAUCACAGUCUUCUUCAAAGAGAUCGAGGUCAUCUUCAACGUGACCAGCAGUCAGGUGUCCUGGAUCUCCUCCAUCAUGUUAGCAGUCAUGUACGGCGGAGGUCCUAUCAGCAGCAUCCUGGUUAAUAAAUAUGGGAGUCGUCCUGUUAUGAUGGCAGGAGGAUGUCUCUCCGGAUUGGGCCUUAUUGCUGCCUCUUUCUGCAACUCUGUUGAAGCAUUGUACUUUUGUAUUGGUGUGGUGGGAGGUCUGGGAUUGGCCUUCAACCUUAACCCAGCCCUCACCAUGAUUGGAAAGUACUUCUACAAGAAGCGGCCCAUUGCUAAUGGGAUUGCUAUGGCUGGUAGCCCCGUCUUUCUCUCCACCUUGGCUCCUUUAAACACCUGGUUUUACGACCAGUUUGGCUGGAGAGGAAGUUUCUUGAUUCUUGGUGGGCUGCUCUUCAAUUGCUGUGUCGCAGGUUCCCUCAUGCGGCCUAUAGGACCAAAACCCAAACCUGCUGAGAAGACCACAGAGAGGAGGACCGUACUGCAGACCAUUAACAGCUUCAUUGACCUCUCUUUGUUCAAGCACCGUGGCUUUUUGCUUUACAUCAUGGGCAAUGUUGUCAUGUUUUUUGGCCUCUUUGCACCCCUGGUGUUCCUCAGUAAUUACGCAAAGAGUAAAGAAAUUCCCAAAGAAAAGGCAGCUUUCUUAUUGUCUGUGCUGGCCUUUGUUGACAUGUUCGCCCGGCCCUCAAUGGGCAUUGUGGCUAACACCAAAUGGGUGCGGCCCAGGAUACAGUACUUCUUUGCCGCCUCUGUGCUGUACAAUGGUGUAUGCCACAUUCUUGCUCCAGUAUCAGUAGACUACAAAGGCUUUGUUAUUUAUGCCAUCUUCUUCGGGUUUGCGUUUGGCUGGCUAAGCUCUGUGCUUUUUGAGACCUUAAUGGACCUGGUGGGAGCUCAGCGCUUCUCCAGUGCUGUUGGGCUGGUUACUAUUGUGGAGUGUGGUCCUGUAUUGUUGGGGCCCCCUUUGCUCGGGAGGUUCAAAGACAUCUAUCAUGAUUACAAGUAUACAUACCAGGGCUGUGGGAUCCUCCUCAUCGUCUCCAGUUUCUUCCUGUUUUUAGGGAUGGGAAUCAACUAUCGACUGCUGAACAAAGAGAAAAAAGAGGAGGAGAGGAGGGCCAGGGUGGGAGGUAGAGAUCAAAAGUCCAACAGGGACAAUGCUGCCAGAGAGGUAGCAGAGGCAAGGAACACAGAAGACACUGUCUAAUAUUCUGUAACAUAUUAAGUUACAUUCUUGUUCUGUUUAAUGUUGUGUUUGAGGUGUAUUUCCAUGAAAAACAGAUAUUUGUGUGAAACAGAAAGAAGAAACUUUCUUCUGUCUCAUUCAUGAUUCCUCUUCUGUUUCAUAAUGCAUUCCUUUUUUAGGACCACCAUACACAGCCUCAUAUGCAAUUCAUUGUAAAAUAUUUACACGCCUAUUAAAUCCCUUUAAACUCUAAUGAACAAUCCACAUAAAAUACCUCUUUUAUUCCUAUAGGGACUAGUACAUGAGUUUGGUAGACUAUUCAAGUUUGUUUAGCCUUUAAUGUUACUAUAUAUUAGUAGGAUAUUCUUUUCUUUUUUUUUAUUUUUAUCUCAGAUGGUAUCACUGUAGCUUACUAUAUAACUUACUAUGCAAUAAGUUUACUGCAGCACAUUAUUUUUAUAUAGAUAGUAUAUUAACCUUAUAAAAUGUGCCAUAAUAUAAUUAAAAGUUAUUUUUCAACAGGGAACAUGAGCGGUGCAAGGUUGUACUUUUCAGAAGAGACUGCAUUCUCUGUGAAAAGUGCAUAAUUAUAUAUUCACCACGCUUUACUUGUCACACUGCCUCUCAAGCACAUUUAUAGAGACUUUUUCCUGUUUACAAGGACCUGAUAGCACUGUGCAGUUUUUGAAGGUUUGAAAACACCCUUGGUGCCACUACCACCUUGUGUACUCCACAAAUAUAUUCAUACUAAUUCUCAGUUUCUCUUUUAAACAUGUUUUCCUGGCCCAUUUUUGAUGAUGGAUGACAGGAAUUAUCAAUAAUUCUGCGAGUAUAAAACCUUGUUGGGUAGCUUCAUGUAUUCACAUGAGAGGAAAAUGUGCCACUGAUUACAAGUGACUAUAUAUGAAACACAUGUCAGAAAAUCAAAUAAACUGUCAUUAGACAAGAAAAUAAAA